CCACUUCUACAUUCCUUCCAGUACAACUCAAACCAACAAGACCCUUAAACCCAAAAGUCCUCUCUAGGACAAGGACUUCAUAGAAUCAUAGCCAACAAGUACCAGGCAUCUUUUUUGAGGUUAUACAAUCAAACCAAUAAGAGUCCCUCUAGACCUUUUAAGCCAACAACUACCAUAUACCUCUUUUGAGGUUGAACCCAGUUGAUCUUAUAGAAAGAUAAAGCCAUAUUCAGAUUUGAUGGAUCAUAGGAUAUCCACAGAAGAAGGAAGCAUUCAUCUGAAGAUUUCUGAGCUUCAAAAGCUCAGUGAAACAUUCAGUUCAGGUGCCACAAUUUUUGAACCUCAGGGGGGUAUUGAGAUGAGAGAGAGUAGCAAUGCAGAUUCUAUGUCUCCUACAACAACAACACCAGCAAUUCGUGCACCCGAAAAGAAGCUUACCCUCUUCGCUCUACAGCUUGCAGUUCUUGAGAAGGCAGCUACAGGCCUAGGAACUCUUGGUUUCAUCUGGGCAACUGUUGUUCUUCUAGGUGGCUUUGCCAUCACAUUGGAUAAAACCGACUUCUGGUUCAUUACAAUCAUCUUGUUGAUCGAGGGGACUCGAAUAUUCAGCAGGAGUCAUGAACUUGAGUGGCAACACCAAGCCACAUGGUCGAUUGCUGAUGCUGGAAUCAACAGCUUCAGGGCAUUGAGGUCCAGCUCACACUUCCUCAUUCGAACAGUAAAAGCAUUUUUCCGGCCAAUUCUUGCAGUGCAGAAACCAAGUCAACAUACUAGAGAAUUAACCAGGACAAUUGAUGCAGCAAGUCCUCGAUUUAGAGAGCACCACAGAAUGCCAACUCGGACGUGGAAAAGCUCAGAUGUUCCUCUUCUUCCAUUUAGUCAAUGGGUUUUCCUCUCAAGAAAUGUCAGCAAGCUUCUCCAUUGGCUCCAAAUUAUAUCUGCAUUAGCCUGUGUGGUCCUCUCAUUGAUGAAGCUCAUCAAGCAUAACUACGGGGAGGUAGAAAAAGGAGACACUGACAAGAGGAAUCGGCAAUCUGCUCUGACUAUAUUCUAUGCCUUGGCAUUAGCAGAAGCAUUGCUGUUUCUAACGGAGAAAGCUUACUGGGAGUGGAAGGUCAUCUACCAAAAACUGUUGGAUGAAGUGCAUAAGGAAUGCGAGUUUGGACCUUCAGGUAUAAUUUCAAUCAGAAGAUUCUUCUAUGAUGCCUAUUCAAGAUGUUUAAAUGGAAGCAUUUUUGAUGGCUUGAAAAUGGAUAUGGUUACUUUUGCUAUGGAUCUCUUGGAUUCAACUUCCCCUGAUGAGCAGCUCAUUGGAGUUAGAAUUCUUCAACAAUUUGCAAUGCAUGAGCGGUUUUCUAGUGACACCCUUCAAAAAAUAGGGAUAAAUAUAUCAGUGAUAGAGAGGUUAGUUGAGAUGUUGAAUUGGACAGACCCACAAGAUGAAGAGAUCAGGCGAUCAGCUGCAGAAAUAUUGUCAAAACUAGCUGGCAAAAAGCAAAACUCCCUCCGGGUUGCUGGCAUUCCUGGUGCUAUGGAAUCAAUAUCAUCUCUACUCCAAACCAACAGAAGCAACAGUGGUGCAGCCGAUGAAAUUGGUGAAAAGAAUAUCAUCUUUGACCACGCAAAUUAUGGAUUCUGGACAUUUAAUCAUUUAGGACUUCUUAUCCUGAAGAAACUUGCACGCAACCAUGAUAACUGUGGAAAGAUUGGAAAUACAAGAGGCCUCCUACCAAAAAUCAUAGAUUUCACCCAUGCUGGGGAGAGGUUGUUGAAGGAUGAAAAUGUUGCAGCGUCUCAGAUUCUGACAGUGAAACGAUCCCUGCAAUUGGUGAAGAUGCUGGCAAGCACAACUGGCUCUACAGGGAGACAUCUCCGAAAAGAAAUUUCUGAGAUAGUUUUCACCAUUAGCAACAUCAGAGAUAUUCUACGGUAUGGAGGGAAAUACCCAAUGCUGCAAAAACUUGCAAUAGAUAUUUUAACAAGUCUUGCCCUGGAAGAGGAUGCGACACAGAGGAUUGGGGGCACAGGUGGAGUUAUGAAGGAGUUGUUCAACAUUUUCUUCAAAGAGGAAGUGCCAGAGAGUCAGAUUCAUGUAAGAAUCGCUGCUGGAGAAGCACUGACGAUGCUGGCUUUAGAAAGCAGAAGUAACUGUUAUCAUAUUUUGAAACUGCAUGUACUAGAAAGGCUUAUAGGAGCAUUGGAAGUACCAUUGCUUCGUGAAAGUGCUGCAAGAAUUUUAAGAAACUUGUGCGCCUUCAGUGGUGAAGAUUACUUCAACCAGCUAAAGGGAGUAAAAGUUGCAGCACCAACAGUGCUUCAAGCAAUCAUGUCAGAAGAGAACAAACUACAAGAAGUGAUGGUUGGACUAGCAGCACAUGUUUUUAAAUUCAUGACUUCUGAGGAGGCAAGAAUCAUGUUUGACAAAGCUGGAAUUACUGAGGUUGGAUUGGCUAGUAAAUUAGUCCAGAUUCUGAAAAAGCACCAAUAUCCACCAAUCAAGACUCCGAGAAUAAGGAGGUUUGCCAUUGAGUUGGUGAUAUGGAUGAUGAGAGACAAGGCAACAAAUGUAUGUAUAUUCAAGGAUCUGGAGAUGGAGAUGGUGCUGGAGAAUGUCUUGGAGACUACAGCAGAGCUUGAAAGCUUCAAUAUUUUCUCUGGGACAGUUGGACUUAGCCGGCACAGCACUACAAUCCACUCACUGGCUGAAAUUGUUUUGAAGCUAUUGGCAGACAAGUAAAAUCUCACAGAUACUGGAUCAAUCGCUCAAUACACCAUUUUAAAUUAAACAUAUAAACAAAAUUAUAUUGUAAAUAUGGGCACAUAAAAUUGCAGGAGAUUCUUUUUAUCUAUGUAAUAAGGAAGCAGAUGUAAUUUUUUAAUUUAUGACAAUUCAAUUAUUUAAUUUAUUGAA